AUGAGGCUUUCAGGUUCCUUUUCUAGCUACACCGAUCAUGUAAGCACUCCAGUUCCCAACCAACCUCAUUCAUUGGAGUUGAGAAUAACUCCAAUGAAUGAGGUUGGUUGGGAAUUGAAGUCUCAAAAGCUUACUCCUCCUCUUAUUGGUCCUUAUCAGAUUCUUAGAAGACCAAAUGAUGUGAAAAUAAGGCAUAACUUAACUUAUGAAAUACCACCCUUGUUAAUUGAAGAUCGAAAUGUGAAACACUCAAGAGGAAAGGAGAUUCCUUUGGUUAAGGUCUUAUGGGGCAAAAAAGUGGACGGUAGCGUGACGUGGGAGCUAGAAAGCCAAAUGAAGGAGUCCUAUCCAAGCUUAUCAAUUUCUGGUAAACUUUCGAGGAUGAAAAUUCAAUAA